UAAGUGUCAGCUGUUACAACCGCCAGCUAAUGCUAUACAUAUUUCAAUAGUAAAUAUUUGUCUUGAACAAAAUGUUACAAACUUAUUUUACAAAAUUAUUAAAAUGCAGACAAAUUGCAAGAGUGCAAAAUUUUCCGAAUUUGAGGUACAUGCAUGCAGCAGCUACAGAAAACUCUUCAAAGUUUGAUAGUUUCUCACUUGAACAAACGCACAUUGAUGAAGCCAUUAAAUUAUCACCAAUACUGAGUUCAGCACCUAUAGAAAUCUGGCGACGAUCACAUGAAACAUUUGUUAAUCAUGGAAUAAAUACGACAGGCUUUCUUAGGAUUGUAACUGGAAACCCAUCGGUAUUAACACGCUCACCACAAAAAAUUAUUGAGAGCAUCGAACGCUGGCGUGGUUGCCAGUUCGGCGAAAAACUACUCCACUUGCUUAUAACUAAAUAUCCAGAAUUGCUGAACGUUAACGAUUGGAGUCAAAUAGCUGUAACUGUCGCAGUUUUAAAAGAACUUUUUGGAAACUCUAAAAAUAUAUGGAAAAUACUUAUGAACUCUCCAGAUUUGUUACACCAGAAUGCGGAAACAAUAAGACAAAAGUUUGAUUAUAUUAAAGAUAUUAUGCGUAUUGAAAUUCCUGAAAUUAUAAAAUCACAGGCUUUGUCACAAACAUACGCUGAAAUUAAAUGUCGCCAUAUUUUUCUAGUACGAUUAGGUUUAUUUAUACCACGUCCACCUAAAGCUGAUCCCAAUAUCCCAACGAAAAAUCAUCGUUUAUAUAAAAUAAUGGAUACGUCAGAGAAAACAUUUGCUACAAAAAUAUGCCAUGUUACAUUAGUGGAGUAUGAAACCUUUAAGGAACUGUUUGCCCGUGAACAAAAGCGGAAACAAAAUGCUGACGAUGAAGAAGAAAAUGAAUUGAAUUUAUAUAAAAAAAAAUAGUUUUAUUUUUAACUGAGAUUAAUUCAUUACAAUAAAUUAAUAUAUUUUUAAAUAUAUGUAUAUAUUUGUAGUAUGAAAUGCUUAUUUAAAAUAAUAUGUGUGAAUUUAUUUAAGUAUAUAUUUGUAUUUAUUACUACUUUCUACAUUAUAAAUUAAAUUGUUUAUAUUUUUUUUAAGUACAGUAAAUAUAAAUUAAAAAA